GUUUCGUAGAUCAGUAUAUCAUCAUGUCACGACCCAGUCAAUUAUUUCGAAACAGGAACUCGACGAUUCACAGACGUCGAACUAGUCUUCUACAUGAUGACCACCAUUUACUGUUUCCCAUAUUGGACGCAAAAGAGAUCAGCCAUGUUUUGCAAGCGUGCGAUUUUGAUGUGCUCGAAGAUAUGAUUCAGAGACCUAACGGCCAGUUCAUGUCCUCUUUAACAGAGAAGUUGUUGGACACCUUCACAUCGGCCUCAGUUGAAAUUUUGAAUGAGCAAGUCAAGCAGACCGCUAAAAAGGACAAAUUCGAAGCGAAUGGAGAUGCUCACACCAAUGGGGCUUCCAGUGCAAAGAACGAAAAUAAUGAGCUGUCAGAUGCGCCUGUAAACGACGAUACAACCCAGAGCUUGGGAGUGGUGGUAUUUGCUCGUAAAGCCGGUGAGUUCUUUCAAACAUGUGGUAUAUACGAUUUCUCGUUGAUAGAUAUGGUAAGGCCUGAACCCUAUAGAACAAGGCGAAUAUUGAGUGCUGUCGUGAAUUUCAUCAGAUUCAGAGAAGAUAGGGCCCUGGAAAUUGAAGGGUUGGCCACGAGUGCCUAUGACGGUUUGGAGGUAUUGAGACAAACAGAGGUUGAAAACAUCGAGCUUUCUAAUAAAAUUAAUAUCAUGAAAGAUAGACUCGAGAGAAACAUUGAUGAGAAUGGUAAGUCGAAACCUACUUUGAAAGAGGUCAAUGUUUACAAUUCUAAAAUGGAGAAUGAAUUACGAAAACUUAAGAAGGUCCAAGAAUCUUUGACAGAGGAUCAUUUUCAAUAUAAGAGUGAUAAGAGCCGCUUGAUUCAGAACCUUGAAGAUAUAAACUACGUGAUGUUAAAUCAAAGCAAACAAAUUGAGCUUCUCAAAGAUUAUGACCAAGUGGAUGUGAACUCCUUGCAUACUAUCAUAGAUCAACUAAGAUCCAGUGCUACCGAAUCGAGUGAAAAAUUAAGCUCUUUGGAACUACAAAACCGAAAUAUUAGUAUAACUAUUGAUUCAUUUAAUGUGGUUGAAAACGACCUAAAAAACCUUUUCAGAAUUCUUGAAGAAGUUUUUCACGAUGUGGAAAAGGAGGAGCAGGUAUCGGAUACCUUGACAAGAAUUCAAGAAACAAUGGAUCAACAAAACUUUGAGUCUACGGAUUUGCAAAGACAAAUCCAACAGAUUAAACGUCAAUUAAUAAAUAUUAGAGAAAAGACGGAAAAGCUUGAGACCCAAAGUGAAGAGAAAUCGAAGAAGAGUCAAGAAACUAUCGAUCAACUCAAAAUCGAGUACGACGACACUAUUAAGGAGAGAAACUUAAAAGAUCAAGAACUUGAAAAACUAAGAGACCAGAUUUCCCACAUUCAAAAUGACAUGAAAGUGAGAAAGAUGGAGCUUGAACAAGAGAUAAACAAUAGUGAGAUGGCAGUGGCACGAUUGAACUCACAUUUGAGAUUAUAUUUGACUGAGAUGAACAAAAAGAUACAGCAAUGAACUCAGUUAAAGCAAGGUAUAUAUUGUACACUAUUAAAAUCUGUAUUUUUAAUUUAAAGCAAAUGCUCAAUUAGCUUUGGUUACUCUCUGAGUUGUCUAUUGGUGUCGAUUUUUCUUCGUUUUCGGAAUCGUGGUCACUCUUUUGAUUAUUCUUGGGUUGGCCAUUUUCAAGUUCAUUUGUGUCAUUAUUUGGGGUGCUUUUAGCAUCACCAGGUUCAUUUUUGGUGUGAAUAUCCCCAUCUUUUGGUAAUUUCUUAUUGCUAGUGAAAACAGAAGUGAUAAGUAAAAUACAAGACAGGGCAAGUGAAAGAUAAAAUAUAUUGUGAAGUGAAUCCACAUAUGCAUCAAUAAGGCUGUUCUUAAGGCUUGUGGGAAACUGAUCAACGAUCAGUGGGUUGGCAACAAUAGCAUCAACACCCACGUUACUUAAAAUGGUGUAGUCAGCCGAAUGCCUUUGUAAGUUGUUGAGGAUGUCUUUCAUCUUACUUGUAGCAGAUGUCUGCAAUAUUAAUUGUCCAACAACUACUCCUAUUACACCUCCAAGUGAUUUGAAAAAGUUGUUCAAAGCAGUGACAAUGAUCAUUGACCCGGGAAUAGUGUUAGGGGCUGCCAACUGAGUGGACAAUAGACUUGACUGGAAUGAUAAUCCUGAUGCUAUGCCGUUUAUCACCAAUAUUCCAAAAUGUUGCCCAAAUGUGGUUCCUCUGCGGAGCAACAACAGCACACCACUACCAAUUACGAAACAAACUCCACAAAAGACGAGUACCAACUUUAUUUGUCUGGUGAUCCGAAGAAAGAUUCCGUUAGAUAUUGAAACGAUUGGAACCGUAAUAAUCAUUGGUAGCAUAUCAAUACCCGAUUGCCAUGCAUUAGCUCCUU